UACUGUAAGCGGUACGGGCGGUGCGGAGAGGAGAGGUUUCGGAUUGCGGGCGUCUGGACUUUAAAAGCGGGCGUCACCUCGCGGCUCCGCAUCAGCAUCUUCAGGCGAGAGAACAGCCGAAGCAACCGAGCGCUGCCGGUGCUGCUGAUUAAUCAUUUGCAAUGAUGCUGCAGAAGCCUCCCCUCAGACGCAGCGCGUCGACCGUGGAAUCGACCAAUCACAGCGGCCCGCUGUUGACUCCGCCCACCUCGCUCAAUUUACGCUCCUCCCACAACCAGCAGCUGAGCUGCGACACCAUAAAGGAGGGCGUGGUCACCGUUUCCAAAGAAACGCACGGCUCCAAGAGUCGACAGAAAUACGCGCUGACCAACAUUCAAAAUGCGAUGGGUUUGAGCCAAAACCCCGCCUCUUUGACCCAAAGCCACACCUCCUCUGACCGAAAACCCGCCCCGACGAAAUCCGCCUCCUCUUCGUCUCUCUACUGCUCCUCACUCUCCUACUCCACCUCCAAUCCCAAACUGGCCAAAAAUGGCACCAACCUGCAGCUCAAAGAGGAGCAGCUGGACCUCAACAAGAACGACAAGAACCUCGUGAGGAGCAGCUGGGACUGGCUGGAGGGGAAGGACAACCAGAAGAACCCGACCAUCAGGAGGAGGACCAAGAGCUUUCUAGAAUACCAUCGAGAAGAGGAGACGCCGAGUAGCCUGGAUAAAGACACGCAGGCCGAGGAGAAACACCUCCUGCCUAAACUGGAGGCGCAGACGUGGGCUAAAGAGAACCACGUGGAGGUGCAUCUCACCCUUCCUCAGAACCACCUGCUCCUGCUGGCCAGCGAGGAAGAGGAGGAGGAGGAGGAGGAGAGUCCCAGCGAGACACUGGACAUUUCUGAACACGCGCUCCGGCCCAACAACGAGCGCGUGAGCCGCGUCAGAGACGGGCCGACGGAAAGCGCCGGGUCUCCGGGAAGAGCACGACUACAGAUGAGCCCGUUACGCCUGAAGCUGAGAGGAGACAAACCCGAGGAGUCGCCCGAACGCCCGAUCAGACCUGAGAAACAGGUGGAAGAGGAGGAGGAGGAGGAUUCCAGCUGGACGACGCUGUCACAGGAGAGCCCGUCUGUGGAGACGCCUCAGGAGACAGGUGUUUGGGAAGAGCCUCCUCAGGUUCAGGACGUGUCACAGGAGUUUUUUUGGCGCAUUUCAGCCGAUUCCACUCCUCGAGAUCAGCCUGUGGCUGGCGACGCCCACUCUGACCAGGAGGCGGAGCCGAGGGCGAAGGGGGCGUGUCUUCCUGUGCCCUGCACUAAAGCACAGAGUGAGCGGCCCAGCAGUAUCGUGUCGGACAGCUCCGUUGAACCCGUACCUUCGUCAGCAGCCUCUUCACCCUCCUCUUCCUCACUGUGCUAUGAGGCGAUGGGACGCGCCGCCGGUUUCCUCAACAACAACUACCUGGACCCGACGGAGCGUGCGAGUCCCGGGAGAGAGAGACGGCGAGAGCGAGAGCGACUGGAGGAGCGCGAGAGAGACCGACAGAUGAACAGAGCGAGUUUGGGAGCUCACGGCGGCCCGUACAGCUUCAUCAACCACAGAGCUAAAGUCCCAUCAGCCCCUGCAGACACCAUCAUCCCCAUCAACGACCUGGAGACGCAGGUGUUUCCGGUCCAUUAUCUGGGCUGGAUGGAGGUGCGGGAUGCGGAUGUGAUGUCUGGGAGGAGCGGCGCGGUGGUGAGCGACUGCAUCCAGCAGCUGCAUCAGCGCAGAGAGACGGAGAGACCGAGGACACAAAUGAUGCUGCUGGUGCUACAGGACGUCACUCUCACACUCGUCGACCCGACUGACCACACCCUCCUGCACUCUCAGCCAAUCAGCUGCAUCCACGUAUGGGGAGUGGGGCGGGGCCACAGCAGGGAUUUUGCGUAUGUGGCCCGUGACAAGAACACGCGUGUGUUGAAAUGCCACGUGUUUCAAUGUGACAGUCCUGCGGAAAGCGUCGCCAGCAGCCUGAAGCAGAUCUGCUCGAAGAUUAUGGCCGAACGCAGGAGCGUCGGUCCCGUCGCAGGCUCCUCUUCUCAGUUCAGCUCUGAUGUUCCUCUGAGAGUAGAGUUUCCAACACCAAAGACUGACCUACAACACAGUUUCCAUGUGCUUUACCUGGGAAUGACGUCAGUACUGCGACCUAUAGGAAUGGACAUGAUAAAUGGAGCGAUAGACAGUCUGAUGUCGUCCGCAGGGAAAGAGGACUGGACCCCCGUCCUGCUCAAUGUCGCUGACGCCACAAUUACUGUCAUCAAAGAAAAGGAAGAGGAGGAGGAAGUCAUGGUGGAGUGUCGCGUGCGCUUCCUGUCUUUCAUGGGCGUGGGACGAGACAUCCACACGUUUGCGUUCAUCAUGGACACGGGAAACCAGCACUUCCAGUGUCACGUGUUCUGGUGCGAACCCAACGCGGGAACCGUGUCGGAGGCCGUGCAGUCGGCCUGUGUGUUGCGGUAUCAGAAGUGUCUGGGGAAGACCGGCUCCUCAUCUCCGGCCCCUGCCGACUCCGUCACCCGCCGCGUAACGUCCAGCGUCAAGCGCGGCGUCCAAUCAAUUAUAGACACUCUGAAAAAGAAGCCCGCCCCCGAGGUUCCCCACCAAUGACGGAACAGAACGGCUGUGACGGACAGCAGGUGUGCGUGUGUGUAUUUACUGAUGCAAACGAGAAGAGAAACAGGCCAACAUAACAAAAAAAGACAAGCGAGAUGAAUGAGAUGACGUCGGCGCGUGUAACCGCGCUGAAUGAAGCAUGCGUCUGCCUUACACUAACACAUUCUCACCGAAGCAUUUCGAGAGCGUCAGAGUUCAUGUGGCACCGAUCCCGUCACGCUCAGAUCAAUGUAAGUCUUCACACGCGUGACCUGGAUUCAAGCCUCGGUGCGUUUCAUUUCAAACCGCCCGCUCAUUCACACGCUCGGGAAAUUGGAUCCUUUGAAAAUUUAGCUCUUUCCCCAAGAAAUUUAGAGUGAAUUUUCUGCUCUUGGAAAGUGUGUAAAAUGUCAGAGAUACACAGCCUGGCUGAUCUAUCAUCAUGAUGUUCAGUGGGAAUAUCGUAAUACAUCAGAGUCUGUCUGUAACAUCUGCUCGGUCUGAUACUGUAAUCAAGAGCGCAACGGGGAUUUUCUGUUCGCACAAACACGCUCACACACUCCUUUAGUUCAACACUGCGGCCUGAAAAAGUCCCUGCGCAAGUACGCAAACACAGACGUGAACGCUUGGCAAAUGUCCGCUGCUUUUGUACAAACUCAGUGUUCCUGUGGUGAAGGACCUCAGUAUUCAAAAGAAGCUCAUUCAAAUGUAUAAAUGACUUUAAACCAGAUGUGUUUUAUUCACAUAUCCAGCUAAAGAUGUCACUUAGUCAACAUUAACCCUGAAAAGCCAUGAAAUAUAAUUUUUUUAAAAAUGAAAGUUUAUUGAAUCUUUAGAUAAAAUAUAAACGUGCAUAUGUAGUUUUGUUAAGUAUUAUAUUUGAUCCAUCAGGCUGUUAUGGCUCAUACAGUCUGAGAAUAUGGAGGAAAAACAACAGUUUUAUUCAAAGACUCAUUUAUAUGAUGAAAUGCAGAUGCUUGUAGAGCAGUAGAGCAGAUACUGACAUAAAA